AGGUGCUGAAGCGACUGAUAAAGCCUGGAUUUCACACUCCGCCCCUACGAAAACUCUUAUAACCAAACGCAAACAUCAUGAACCUUUAAAAAUAAACAGUCUGCAGCUACCGCUAAACGUGGAAAUGGAUCUACUGAGUCACAAAGCCUAUCCACACUGAACCGGUCGAUCGUAGGUCAACGUCAAUGUACUGAAAUGCGUUGUGGGAUAAGUGACCACACGGAUACGCAGUGAAAGUGUGCAGCAGAGUUAAAUACGCUGGAGAAACAUCAUGGCAAACAGCGUCACUCAAGAGUACAUGCAGAUCCCAGCCGUCACGCGAGCUUACACCACUGCAUGCGUCCUGACAACUGCAGCUGUGCAAUUGGAGCUCAUCACACCGUUUCAACUCUAUUUUAACCCUGACUUGAUUUUAAAGAAAUACCAGAUAUGGCGACUGAUCACAAACUUCUUGUUUUUUGGACCUCUUGGAUUCAGCUUCUUGUUCAACAUGAUUUUUCUAUAUCGUUACUGUCGAAUGCUGGAGGAAGGCUCCUUCCGCGGUCGAACGGCAGAUUUUGUCUAUAUGUUCCUGUUCGGUGGUGUUCUCAUGACUCUUUUUGGUCUAUUUGCCAACCUGUUCUUUUUAGGACAGGCUUUCACUAUCAUGCUGGUUUAUAUCUGGAGUAGAAGGAACCCUUAUAUCCGCAUGAACUUCUUCGGCCUGCUCAACUUCCAGGCCCCAUUCCUUCCCUGGGUGCUCAUGGGAUUCUCACUGUUACUGGGCAACUCCAUUGUUAUUGAUCUCCUGGGGAUUGGUGUAGGACACAUCUACUACUUCCUGGAGGAUGUAUUUCCUAACCAGCCCGGAGGCAGAAAGCUUCUUACCACUCCAGGAAUCUUUCGAGUUUUGUUUGACAUGCCUCAAGAAGAUCCAAAUUAUGCCCCUCUUCCAGAAGACCAGAGUGGGAUAUCCCAGAAUGGACAAGGUGAAGAAGAUGAUGGGCAAGGUCAAAAUGACGAAAACUGAAGGGUUCGAAACAAUUGCCAUUUUCUCGAAGACUUCCAUUUAAUGCAUUUUACAAAGUAUUGGUGGAUGGAAGGAUUGGAGUUGAAAGAGAAGCCAGAUUCAAUCUCCCAAACUAUAAUCCAUCAUUUUGGAGGGGGUGCAAACUCCACAAGAGGGCAUUUUCCUGGGUACAAUACUGUGCCGUAUCUCUUUCUCCACAACACAGUCAGUGGUGAGACAGUUGGGACACAAUCACAAAUGUGCCGACUAUCUGAAAUGCCAAACUGAACUGCAGACUAUGCAUUUUCAAGCCUGUGGCCUUUUGUUAGCACAGCACCAAUGCGAAAACACAAAAAGCUUUAUGCAGUGGAACUGAAAGAUGGAUUGCCUGGAAGAAUGCGCUCCACAAAAAGAUUAAAUUAACUAAAAAGCACAGAUGUAUGUACAUGUGUUUUUCUCUAAAUAUGAAUACAAAUACAUUUGUUUGUCUGAAUGCUGAUGAAUUAAGUUUUCUGUUGUAUUAUAUUGAAAAUUUGAUUGCUUGUUGGAGAUUUCUGCUUUACAAAUAAAAAUAUGGCUUAUAUUUUUAUACCCAUAUCCACAGCACUGAAAGUGAAUAGAUUGCAAGUUCAGAACAAUACUGAGACUUUUAUUUCUUAAGGCACUAGUCCCACUUGCCCCAUUGGGACGGUCAUCCCAAGCUUUUGAGAAUGAAAAAAGAUUGUCUUAAUUUUAUUUAAAAGCACAUUAUGUUUACAAAAUGCCAUCUAUACACAAAAUGCAAAACAAGACAAAUAAAGAUGCCAUAAAAUGUU